ACCGCAGUAUCACUAGAUUUCUGCACCACUCAUCAAAACUCUGCGGAAUGCAGACAAGAGCAGGGGGGGAGGGCAGAUACUAGGUCUGUGCUGAGUGUAUCGGACCGCCACCUCUUACUAUUUCCUGUGUGCAGAGAGGCUGCAGUAGCUAUUUUGCUCUCAUUCCUCCUCAUUUGAGCGUCUGAGUGUUGAAGUAGAGCUGCUUUAAUUGUACAGUAGUGGUACAGUAGAGCCAUCUCUCUGUCUCCUUCUCUUUCUCUCUGUCUCGCUCUCGCUGUCGUUUCUUGUAUUUAAGGCGCAUUCAUUUUGAGUGCUAGUGUCCGAACUUUUAUUAGAAAAUGGCAAAGGAUGGAGAACAAAGCGAGUGGAAGGAGUUUAUAUGGAACCCGAGGACGAGGGAGUUUCUGGGCAGGACGGCGAGCAGCUGGGGUCUUAUCAUUCUCUUCUACAUAGUUUUCUACAUCUUCCUGGCUGGCUUGUUUGCUCUCACCAUGUAUGUAAUGCUGCAGACCUUGGAUGACCACAAACCAACCUGGCAAGACAGGCUCUCCAUACCAGGCAUGGUGAUCAGACCCAAAGCUGAUGAGACCUAUGAGAUUGUCUAUAACAUCCGGAAUACCGAGAGCUGGGACAUGUACGCUCAGGCCCUGGACAGGUUCCUGUCACCCUACAACGACACCGUCCAGGCCCAGAAAAAUGACGAGUGCACCCCCGACCAGUACUUCCUGCAGGAGGACAGCGGCGAUGUGAAGAACAACCCGAAGCGCUCCUGUCAGUUCAACCGCACUGUUCUGGAGGACUGCUCUGGAGUCGGUGACCGUUACUAUGGAUACCAGGACGGCCAGCCAUGCAUCAUCAUCAAGCUGAAUCGGGUGAUCGGGAUGCUGCCAGGAAAGAAUGGACAGGCUCCGUAUGUCACCUGUGGCGCAAAGAAAGAAGACACUGAAAAAAUCGGAGAGUUGAUGUACUUCCCUCCGAACGGCACUUUCAACCUUAUGUACUACCCCUACUAUGGCAAGAAAGCUCAGGUGAACUACUCUCAGCCUUUGGUUGCCGUCAAGUUCCUUAACAUCACCGUCAAUCAAGACGUCAACAUCGAGUGCAAGAUCAACGCCAACAACAUUCCCGCUGGGACUGAAAGAGACAAGUUCGCUGGAAGAGUGUCUUUCAAGCUGAGGAUCAACACGAUUAACUAGGUUUACCUUUUCCCUCCUCUGAAAACCACUUUCUUCAUUCUCUGCAACAUUGCACAUACACAGAAACUAAUCACAGGAUUCACACCCUUUGUAGGAUUUGUUUACAACCCCCCAAAUUUUGGGCAAAAUUGUUUAUCCGGUCGCAUGGUGAGGUGAUGCAAGAACAAAGGGUGGUAAUCCUGUCUUUAAUUCUGUCUGUGAGCUUUGGGACAAAUUCUUUUCUGUAAAUUAGUUUGAGGUGAUGUCUAUUUAUACUGCAUGACAAACUAGGAGAUCUAAAGGAUGUAAACACGUGUUUUGAAAGUUUGCAAGGAUCAGCAACUUUACCACUUUAUUGCUGCUCCCCUCCUGCUGCCUCCUUAUAGAGUAUCCCUCUCUUUAUGAAUAUACACAAAUUAAAAUACAAAAUGUGUAUAUCUACGGUAUUUAUACGGUAUCAUAACCUUAUAUCAGUACGUCUAUUUUGUUGCACUUAAAAGAAUAAUCCAACAGACUUGCAUAUAUCUUGAUGGACGGAUGCAGAGAUGAAGCCAUUUUGCAUGUGUGUAUUGUCUUUAGUGUGCUAUGAGGGCAGGAGGCCCCCCGUGUCCCACCUCUCUGCUAAGUGUGAAAAAAGGUUACGUUAAACCACUGACCACCAGGAGGGACCGCAGCGUAAUCUACUAAACCUCACGCACAGCAACUGUGUGUUUUGAAAACAACAAAUAGUAAGAUAGGCAUCUCCAAAAGAUGGGAGUUAGAGGUUAAAACCUUUAAGAGUAAGUGUGUGUGUGUGUUUGAGAGUGUGCGUGUGUGUGUGUGUUCCAUUUACAGGUCCCAUUUCAUACUGUAGGUCGGGAAGUUGCAUGCAAUGUGCAAUAUUCAUUAAGUGGCAUACAUUAUGAAUGCUUGAUUCCAUUCUUCAGACGAGAAGACUUCUAUUAAAUUAUAAUUAUUUUCAGUCAUUUGAUAUUCACAGCAAUUGUUUGACCUGAGACAGAUGCGAUGCACAUUUGGUUCUCUGGUAAUAGUCACGUCAACACCACUGAUGCCAAAUGAAUUACGACAAGAGACAGUACAUCAGUCACGUUUCAGACAUCUUACAGCAUCACCAUUAGUUGACAAAAAUAUGAUUUUUUUUUUUUUGCCCCCAACACUCCCAGUCAGUACAUCACACUCCCUGUCACUGUGUCUAUCAUUUCAUUCCUGAAGUCAAACCAAGAGCCAUUUUCUUGUGUCUCAAUUUUUAAUAAACUUAAACAUGAAUAUUU